AUGCCUCGGAAAAUUGAGAAAAUCAAAGACUUUAUGCUAACAGCCAAACGAAAGGAUGCCAAAUCUAUCAAGAUCAAGAAAAAUAAGGAUGAUAUGAAGUUUAAAGUUCGAUGCAGCAGAUAUGUUCACACCUUAUUCAUCAAAAAGAGAAGGCAGAUUCUGGAAAAGAAGUCAGAGAAGCUGAAGCACUCCCUGCCCCCAGGUUUGGUGGUGAAGGAGCCAAAAUGA